CAGAUCAUUGGUGAUCAAUCCGCCGGUAAUCUGGAAGAAGAAGAACAGGGUCUCUGUUUUCAUUAGCUUGAUGAACCCGUUUUUGUUCCGGGAUAUAAUGCGGGUCCUUCUCGGUUUCUAAGCACUUCUGCGGUACUUCUGGACCAGAGUAAAGGUCUGCUUUUUCCCAUGAUUCCACUGGAGACUCCAGGGACGUUUCAGCGAAACCAGGCCGCGGAGAGAUAGCCGAGCUCCCCAACUAGCAGGCUAGUUAGCUGCCCCCUUGGCUUACACAGGUUGGUGUGUGUGAUUUAAAACUUUUUAAAGUCGGAUGAAUAUGAAGGAAGCGAUUGAGUGAAUAUUUAUUAUUUAUCAAGAAGCUCUUCAGAGAAAUUCGGCUGUAAAAUAACCUGCUUCACUUUCCUAGUUUUACUGAAAUUAACACUUUUCCCCGUCAUUUGCACUUUCCGUUCAGGUUCUGUGUGGUUUGAAGUGCGUUAAAAGUAGCAGUUAAUUAAUUUGAUCAAUUUAGAACACGCUGGAUACUUAAAUCAACGUAUUUGUUUGGUUUUCAAUUAGUUUUAUUAUGUUAAUUUGAUCUUCAAACGUACUCUGUGACAACUGGUAAAAUGUGUAUGUUUUCCUAUGGAGUUUGGUGCAGUGUUUUCAUCGUUUUCAGUGUGAUGCAGAUAGUGGCUGAACCGGGGCGCUGCUGUGGAAUUGGUUGUUUUUUCAAUGGAGUCUGGAAGGGUUUGUUUGUAUUUUACAGGAUGGCCUCUCCCUAUAAAAUCCCCAAGAAGAAACAACCUGAGGGUUCUGACUCCGCCCACAUCCACCUGCAGUCACCCCUGUCUCGUCUCCAUGGCUACGCCCCCCAGAAAAUUUCAGGCAUUAAUCUCAAAAUGAUUUUGGGAGUCCGACCAGGAGAGGCGGAUCUGACAGAAUGCAUGAUGGGAAACCACCUGGAAUAAGGGCGACGCGGCAACCGUUCAGGAGCUACGUCCAAACUCUGCUAGGUCUGGACAGGACCUGCAGGGGCGGAGCUUUAUCAUCCAAUCACGGGUCGGCAGGAAGCUGGAGCAGCCAAUGGCAGCAGAGAUUCUCUAACUGCAGGGGGAGCUCUAGAAGAGCGUCUGGCCGUCUGCUGCAGUCGGAGGACUCCUCAGGUCUCCAGUCUCCACCACAGAAGAAAGUUUCCAGUCCGUGCACGCCGCAUAAACGCAUCUCUGUGAAGGCUGUGGACUACCUGGAAGAGCAGAGAGCACAGGUGGAUGCUGGGAAGUUGAGUUCUUCUCCGCCGCAGAGGAAAGUGGACCCGGCCGAAAACGGGAAGGAGAAGAAGAACUCGUCCAGCGUUGGACCGGAGGAGACGUCUGAGGACGAGUUCGUGUCUCUGUCCAGCUCCUCUUCCUCCUCCACUAUGAAGAUGGCGUUGACGCCAAAGAUGGCCAGGAGGAGGCUGCGUGCGGACCAGGAGGACGUGAUGGAGACUCAGAGACGCAGGUGGAGGACGUUCAGAGACAGGAAGACGCUGGCAGCUUCAGGUCUUAGACAGAAGAAGUCCAGACUGGAUCCCAGUGAAGCCAUCGUCCUGUCCAGUGAAGAGGAGGAGGACGAUGAAGGACAGAGGACAUCCAGAUGGGUCAACGGAGCAGGACACACCGAGAAGACGCAGGUUCUGCUGGGUUCUUCUCCGCCGUCCUUCCUGCAGCUGGAGUUUUGCUCGCUCCACUCCGGCCUGAUGGAGGCUGACGCUGGUGGCGCUAUGAAGAUCACUGAAUACGGGAUCACCUUCCCAGUGAAAGGAACAGAGGACACCGAGGUGACUGUGGUGGCGUCUCAGCUCCGAGGCUACGGCGUCUGGGACGGGGGCGUGGCGAUGGGCGGGGCUCUGCUGGCCGGAUGGAAAGGCCCCGCCCCCUCGCUGCUCUUCCUCUGGGUGUCGGCGGCUCAGGCCAACCUCCUGCAGAGGGAGCUGUCGCUCAUCCAGAAGUCCAGCUCCAGAGCUAACGCGCCGCCUUGCUCCUUCCUCCUGCUGAUGCUGAAGGAGCAGCUGUCGGAGAUGCAGGCCGCUCUGCUGGCCUCCAUCUUGGACACGGAGGAGUACCAUCAGCACCGCUCCUCUUCCUCCCCCAUCGACUGGUCCCAGGGCCUGCUGCUGCUCCACAGCUGUCCCGCUCCACUGGACCGGCACCUGCUGCGCCUGCUGGGACACUCUGCUAAACCGGGUCAGUCCAGCGCAGCUCAGAGGAACUCUGCUGGUCAGCAGCCCACCAGGCUGAUCCAGUACCCUCUGGUUCCGUGUAUUGGUCGGAUGACGCUGACGCAGGAAGACCUGGACUGUCUGGAUGCCGGGGAGUUCCUGAACGAUGUCAUCAUCGACUUCUACCUCAAGUACCUGCUCCUGGAGGGCGUGGGCGGUACGGUGGCCCAGAGGAGUCACGUCUUCAGCAGUUUCUUCUACAAGCAGCUGAGCUGCCGGCGAGCGGCUGGAGAGAGCGACGCCCCCUCUGUCCCCGACCAUCACACGAGGCAUCAGAGGGUGAAGACGUGGACGCGGGACGUGGACAUUUUCUCCAAAGACUUCCUGUUUGUGCCUGUUAACAAAGCAGCCCACUGGUUCCUGGUGGUGGUCUGUUUCCCCCGACUGGAGGACGUUCGGACCGAGGAGUUCUUGAGCGGAGCAGGUGGAUCCGAACGGGCUGCAGCAGAACCGCGCCCCAGGUCCCAGCUGCCACCGUGCUCCCUGCUGGGCUGUCAGAAGAAAACCGUCACCAAGAGGCCGUGCAUCCUGGUCAUGGAUUCCCUGAAACUUUCCAGCCACGACGACGUCUGCCGACUCAUCAGAGGCUACCUGCAGGUGGAGUGGGAGGUUCGGAGGAAGACUCGGCGCCUCUUCGCCCCCGCCUCCAUGCGGAGCUGCACCUGCAGCGUUCCUCAGCAGGACAACGGCAGCGACUGCGGCGUCUACCUGCUGCAGUUCGCCGAGAGCUUCCUGCAGAACCCCGUCGUCGACUUCGACCCGCCGCUGCGACUGGAGGGCUGGUUCCCACGGCAACAGACGCGGCAGAAACGCAACGAGAUCCGGAGUCUGCUCUUGAGGCUGGAGCGGGCCCAGCUGAGUGAACAGAACCAGGACCCAGAGUUCUGACCCGAGUGUAAAUGAGUCCACUUCCUGUUUUAUAAAAUAAAGACUAAUUUAUUCUGCUG